AUGACUAACGAAAUAGAACAACCACCUUCCAAGAGAAGGCGUCUUACACCCCUGAGGGACUUAUCGAAUAUAAGAGACCCGGCCGUCGAUUAUCAUAGAUCGGCUCCCAAUUUUCGCCAAUGCUCGGAAACCAUUAUGGAAGAGCAGACAAACUCCAAUCAUCCACCUUCCAAGAGAAGGCGUCUUACACCCCUGAGGGACUUAUCGAAUAUAAGAGACCCGGCCGUCGAUUAUCAUAGAUCGGCUCCCAAUUUUCGCCAAUGCUCGGAAACCAUUAUGGAAGAGCAGACAAACUCCAAUCAUCCACCUUCCAAGAGAAGGCGUCUUACACCCCUGAGGGACUUAUCGAAUAUAAGAGACCCGGCCGUCGAUUAUCAUAGAUCGGCUCCCAAUUUUCGCCAAUGCUCGGAAACCAUUAUGGAAGAGCAGACAAACUCCAAUCAUCCACCUUCCAAGAGAAGGCGUCUUACACCCCUGAGGGACUUAUCGAAUAUAAGAGACCCGGCCGUCGAUUAUCAUAGAUCGGCUCCCAAUUUUCGCCAAUGCUCGGAAACCAUUAUGGAAGAGCAGACAAACUCCAAUCAUGAAGAAUCAAUAAAAAUGACAACCCAAGAACAAAAUAAUACAUUGUCCCUUGAAGACAUUCUCAGGCCCGACUUUAAGGUCUUAGGGCCCGCAGAACUCAUGCAGUACAUGCAGCUACUCGAAAGGUAUCUCUUGUUUUUUUCUCUGAUUCAUUUUUUAGUGAUGAUCUCUCAAACAUCCCAUCGAGUUCUUCACAUAAUCCCCGCGAAAUGAUGAUGCAAAAACUUUUGGAAGAUCUCGACUUUUACAAGGAAUUCUCAGAAACCAAUAUUUCUCUAGAUGAUCUUGACGAGGAAAAUUUUUCUGAUCCGUGCUUUGACAUGGCAAGGUUUUUAGGAGGCACAGAUACCCUCCCUGAAUUUGACGAUUUUUUCAGACCUCUCCCUCAAAAAGGUCGGGGGUAAGUGCAAUAAUCGUAUAAAAAAGUCAAAAAAUUUUAUUAUAGAAUACAAUUCUUCCGUGUCGGAGCCUCUCGAGUUAAAACGUCAGAGAGAUUUAAAUGCUACUCAAGAGAACAAAAGUACCAUAUACACAUUAGUGAAAACAUGAGUGAUUUUGAAAAACGUUUCAAUCAGCUUGUAGAACAAUCAGUCAACGAGUGCCUCAGAGAAGGUAAACACUUUAAAAAAAAAUCAAAUUUAAUUUCUAGUUGAAAGAGGAGGAUCAGAAAGGGCCAUGUAUGUAGGUGUGAGAGUAUCGUCCGAUAACUUAACGAGACCUCUAAAUCAUUUCUCCAAAAGAAAUGUUUUCGAUCCUAAACAUCUUUACACAAAAUUAUUCAAAAUUGCACAGUCAUCCAAAACUCCAAGCUUGUUGGGGAAACCCUUUGUACUCAACAUAACAGUUCUAUAUGGCAGAAUCGGUGGCGCUCCCCCGACACGACAGACAACUAGAUCCUUUUUGGAGACAAGUACAGGCAUUUUCCAUGUUAACACUCAGAAGAAUGAUUGUCUUCCUGUAUCCAUAAACAUCUCUAGGCUUGCAACUACCAAGGAUCUUCCGGGCCAUAAAAAAUCUGAACGAAAAUUGUACAAGGCUCGAAAAUUUACAAAACCAACAGAAUGUGCUGAACUAAAAGAAGCAUACAAACAUUUUAAGGCUGCAAGUUUAACAGGAAAGGAAAGCAUCGAGUUCACGGUUGGCCUCUGGGAAGCUUUCAUGGACCAAAAAUACCCAGAAGCCGCUCCACAUAAAAUUAUAGUUUUUGAUCGGAGAUCUUUUGAGCACGGAUGGAGUUACCCGAAACUGGAGAAGGAUGAGAUUUUGGAUGUAAAAACUCCAAUUAUGCUUUAUUACCACGACAAUCACUACGACUCCAUAUGGAGUCCCACUGCUUUCUUCGGAGUCAGAUCUUUCUCCAAUUUAUGUUUCAGUUGUCGGAAAUUGAUGAGAGAAUCAAUCGAUCAUACAGCUAGAUGCCAGAAAAAAUGCACCAAGUGUUGUCGUAUAGGAAACGACUUUCCUUGUAAGGAUGAUGGCUUUGAAAAGAAGUGCGCCGCAUGUACAAAAAAGUUUUUAAACAAGGAUUGCUAUGAACACCAUCUGAAGAAAAACAUUUGCUCUUAUUACAAAAAAUGUGACAAAUGUGAUCAGGCAUAUUCAAAAAAGAAUGGGCAUUUAUGUGGAUUAAGUUUUUGCGUGUCAUGCCGAGGCUUUCACGAAGUCGGGAGUGAGUGUUACGUCAACCCCAUACCUGUGCCUAAAAAACCUGUCAACUACAACUUGUGUGCCUUUGACUUUGAAACUACCACCACUCCUUUGAACGAUAACUCGAACAGAAGUCAACACUCUGUAAAUUUCGCAUCAAUUCACAAGGCCUGUACAACUUGUAUGGCAAACGGUAAAUGGAGAGACGAAGAGACUCCAUGUGAAAAAUGUGGAGAGCAUCUAAAGACGUUUAGUAUUCCUCAUGGUGACUCCGAAAAUGUUGUCAAAGACGUAUGGGAGUAUCUAAAAAGUUGCGCAAAAAAGAUACCAGUCCUCGCAAUAGCACAUUUCGGAGGCAAAUUCGAUUGUCAUUUGCUCAUGAAAGAAAUAAACAAAGACAAGAGUAGGUCAUUGCAACAAAUUCAAAUAUUUUUUUCAGCCAUCUCCAAGAUCGAUAUGAUCUUGACAGGGGCCAAAUAUUACACAAUUAAUGUCGCUGGAACUGCUGGAGCUUUCACAGAGGUCAAAUUUACAGACUCUUUUAAUUACCUCCAAAUGCCUCUCGGAUCGAUGCCAAAGGCUUUGGGUCUUGAAGUUGAUUCCAAGGGGACAUUCCCCCAUCUCUUUAACACUCCUGCUCACUAUCAAGCUGACCUCCCUCAUCAUCCGGAUAUUCAAUAUUAUUGUCCAGACAGUUUGAAUGCGAACAAAAGACAAGAGUUGCUUGACUUUUACGAAGAAAAUCGGGAUAAACCUUUCAACUUCAAACAACAGUUGUACGAUUAUGGAAUUCAAGACACCAGAAUCCUGCUGCAUGCCUUAGUAAAGUUUAGAAGUAUGAUUCAAGAGCAUUGUCCUACGGACGAUGUAUUAUACUACUGUCCAACCCUUGCUUCUUCAUGUCUGAGAAUCUGGCGAAUGUUAGACCUGGAGGAAAGGACCGUCAUCAGAACUCCUACUAUUGGGUUUGGAGAUUUUAUACAACAAUCAAAAGUGGCAUUACUUUUCUUCAGAUGGCUGAGAGACAAAAAGGACAUGAAAGAUCUCCAAUUUAGGGAUAAUGGGGAAAAAAGGUUAGAACAAAAACAAAAAUAAUAAAAAAUUUUUAUAGAGUUGAGAUUGUCAUCGACGGAAAGGUCCACAAAAUCUCGAUAGAUGGGUUCUUGGAAAGGCAGAAUGAGAAACCUUUGGCAUUGGAGCUAAAUGGUUGCUAUUAUCACGGGUGCAAAGAUUGUUGUAAAGAUCUCGGAGACCGUUUGCCCUCUGGAAUAUCUGUAAAAGAAGGGUUACUAAAAACAGAAAAAAGAGUAAAAGCUCUCGAAGAUUUGGGAUUUGAAGUCCUUGUUUAUAAGGAAUGUGAGAUUAGGAAAAUGUUACAAGAGGACGACGAAAUGUCUGCUUAUUUUGAGCAGAGAUUCUUUUCGGCGGGUUCUAUCAGACUCCGAGAUGCCUUCCAUGGUGGACGAACUGCUACGCAAUGUCUCAAAUUUAACGCUAAUGAAAGGAAAGGAAUAGGAUACACCGACAUUCAGAGUCUUUACCCUUAUAUCAUGGCGACCUAUGCAAUGCCCAUAGGGAUACCUACACCCUUAUACAUUCAAAAUUAUGAUGUGAAUUGGGAAUCUGAAGCAGACAUUGAGCAUGAUGGGUUGUAUAAAGUUGUUGUUCUUCCUCCUCAGAAUCUCGCGCUUCCUGUCCUCCCGAUUACCUGUAACAAAAAGUUAAUCUACCCUCUAUGUUAUUCAUGUGCUCAGGAGAAUCAAGGAGCCAGCUACAACAAAAACUUGGUAUGCGAACAUGGAGAGGAAGAGAGGUCCUUUUUGACAACUACAACAUCAGUUGAACUUAAAAAUGCCCUCAGGAAGGGAUACAAAGUCAAGAAAAUAUUCGAAAUUUUGAAAUUUAAUGAAAUGUCGGACGCCCUAUUCAAACCCUAUGUAUAUAGGUUUUUAAAAACCAAGCUUGAGGCUUCGGGAAAACCUUAUGAUGACGAGGCAAAAAAUCAACAAUUCAAGGAGGAAAUUAAGCGAAGAUAUGGAUUUGAAAUUGACGAGGGCAAAUGGUCUAAAAAUCCUGCUCUCCGAACAAUCUCCAAGUUGUAUCUCAAUAGUUUAUGGGGAAAAUUGAGUAUGAGAACGGAUCUUCCCAAGGUAACGAAUGAGCACAUUUUUUGUAAUCUGAUUUUUAGACUGUGGUAUGUUCCACUGCCACCGAGUUCUACAAGAUACUCAACAACUCCACCAAUGUGAUCAAAAGUGUUGAUUUGGUGGAGGAUGAUAAAAUAUACAUUAGCUUCAAGACCUCUGAAGAAUUCACAACCCCGCUGGAGUUUUCAAAUCUGUUGAUCCCUACAUGGAUCACGGCCCAAGCCCGGACCUAUCUCUACUCGUUCUUUGAACAGGUGGAGAGUAAAGGCGAAAAAAUUCUGUAUUAUGAUACAGGUAGGUGUGCAUGCAAAACAACAACAAUCUUUCAGAUAGUCUGAUCUUCACCUUUGAUAAGGCUUCGGGUGAGUAUCCUCUGAAGACUGGAGACUACCUUGGAGAUAUGGAGUUGGAGAAGAAAGGGAAGGAUAUCCUCGAGUUUCUUGGACUUGGUGCCAAGCAAUAUGCCUUAAAAUAUAGGGACGUUGUGACUGGGGAGUUGGAAUAUGAUCUGAAACUCCGCGGAAUAAGUUUAAACGGAAAAACAUGUUCGAUCAUUAACUAUGACUCCUUUUCUGGUCUGGUUGACCGAGUUAUUUUGGAUGGAUAUCAAGAAUCUUUAACAGCUGUCUACGACGAGAUUCGCGCCAUUAAGAACGUUGGAGUUUUCACUACAAAUGAUAAACAAAAAGUUUAUCAAGGUGUUUGUGAUAAGGGAUAUAUUGCUAAUGACGACGUCACUAUUCUUCCAUUCGGUUAUGUACAAUGA